AUGCGAAUUUUGUCCCACCACAUUGGCUUUUAUGAUUAUCAGCCCUCCACCUAUUCUUGCCUCUGUGUGUCAGAAUCUGGAUUUAUAGCUGCUGGAAGGUGUGAUGGGUCUCUUGAAGUAUACCAAGAUCUCGGAGACCUCUUUCUAAUCUCUCGGAUUCCUCCCGGUAUAUUGUGCUCUGUCGAAUCUCUUGCAUGGCUGGACAAGCGGCUUUUUACAUGUGGCGGAUCAGGUGCUCUUUUGGAACUGAAUAUAAAAAAUGGCCAGAUUAAGGUUGGAAAUGAUGGUGGCUAUAUUUCUGUAAUUCAUGCUACAGAAUCUGAACUUGAGUUGGAAAAAACGCUACCCAAAUUGUGUGGCAAGGUACUUUGCUUGGCAUUGCACAAGAACCAGCUCGCUGCUGGCAGCAAUGAUGGUGUUCUGCGUGUGUUCAAUUGGAAAACGAGCACCAUACUUCAUUCAUUUAAUUUAGAUUCCUGCGAUAAAUCUAAUAAACCCAUCAUUUGGUGUCUUAUUUUCGCCAGGUGCGCGUCUUGUUAUUCUUUAUGGAUGCCUUACGAGACUAUUCUUUAUGUAGCUUUUUCCGUGGCAGCACUUAUAGGCAAAUCUUCCUUAUCCUUGUAG